AAACACAAGAAAUAAAGAUCAUUUAACUGUUAAAAAAAAAGUCGGUCGUGAUAAGAUUGAUGACAACUUCCAAAGUGAUUAUAAAGCGAAUUUAAUAUAACGGAAAGAAAACUUUAAAGUGACGACGAGGAUAAAUUGAAAGGUAUAGUGAAAGUGAUAGGAAGGACUGAACAGGGAAAGUGAUAGGAAGGACAGCACAGUGAAAGUGAUAGAAAGAACAAGCAAAGUGACGAGCCGGUCGUUAACGACGCCAUUACAACAUUCGGCCAUUUCGUUUGGUGCGUGUUUAGUGCUAUUGAAGCGACACGUUUAUUUUCCCCCAGCGAUCGGUUGUGCACGGUACAGGAGGACGUGGGGUUUUAUAAUCCAAAUCAUCGUCGGUCCGUCAAGCAUUCUACGAGCCGGUAGACGGUAUCCCAGUCGAUUUAUCGGAGAAGUAAGCGAUCAGCAGCAGGAAGCAAGAUUUCAACCUAGGAACGUGGUUGCAAGAACAAAGAAGGUUCAUCAGUCCUCUGCUACACGUGAUAAACAACAGUGAAAUUAAGGAACUAAGGUCCAAACUGGACAGUGCAGAUGGACAAGCUAGGACGAAUAACAACAGUCAUGAAGAUGGGAUUGACUUCGUCGUUACUAAGGCGCCGUAAUUGCUUUUUGGCUUUUAUACUUGUGUCAAUACCAUCUACAAUAUUAUUUCUAGUUGCUACAGACUUUUCUGCUGAACAAACUAUGUCGCAAAGAGUUGCUGAAUUUCAAAUGCGUAUGCAGUAUCUUGAAUCCAUGUAUCGCGCUAAGCAAGAAGAUGUGGCAAUUUUAUCACAAUACCUUGGAUUUACUAAUCAAAAUGGAGAAAUUUCCAAUAUGACGAUAAAUUUAAAUCUACUAGAUGGACUAAGCGCUGAUUCACGAUCUAUGAUUCGUAACGCAACCGCCUCUGCCAAGUUGCCUGCAAAUUUGAAGCUACCAACGGCCUUUCAUUUUUUACCACAUUUGCUUGAUGAUCCUGCAUCCUUGAGACCAGGCUAUUUACAAACGAGGAAUAGACAAGGUGUGUCUAUAGUGCUUGGCAUACCAACGGUCAAACGUGAAAAACAAUCAUAUCUGGUGGAAACCGUAGACAAUCUAAUAGCCAACAUGGAUGAAGAGGAACAGAAUGAUACAAUGAUCGUGAUUUUUAUUGGAGAAUCGGAUUUAGAUUACGUAUCAAAUGUUGCAAAUAGCAUCAAUACAAGAUUCCCAACAUCUAUUGAGAGUGGUUUCAUAGAAAUUAUAUCUCCGGCCGCAAGUUAUUAUCCUGAUAUGACCAAACUACGUCUAACUUUAAACGAUUCAACCGAACGGGUAAAGUGGCGAUCCAAACAGAACUUGGAUUUUGUAUACCUUAUGGCUUACGCUCAACCCAAAGGUGCUUUCUAUGUACAACUAGAGGAUGAUAUACUCACCAAAAAGGGUUUCAUAACAAUAAUGAAAAAAUUUGCCUUAGAAAAAACUGCAAAGAAAGAACAGAUUCAAUGGUUUGUCUUGGACUUUUGCCAGCUAGGGUUCAUUGGUGAGUAAUCAAGUGAAAUCAUUUAAUCAAACUUAAAUUGUAUUUGUAAAUGUAAAUACAAUAAUAUAUAAAUAUAUAUAUACACUGGAGUCGGUUUUUACGCAGAGGAAGCGUGCCGCAUAAAAAUAAUCGCGUAUAUUUCGAAAUUCUAAAAAUCAUAUAUAUUUGUUUAUUGAAAAAUUCCACUGACAAUUAUUGUCUAAAUGAAUAAAACUUAAAAUAAAUAGUUACGGUCAAUGGUACGGAAAAGGCCAAAUAACCGAAGCCGUCAGCUGAUACAUUGAAGUCGAACAUAUAAAAGAAGUUGUUGAAUUGCCGGCUGAUUGCUUGAAUUGACUCGUGUUGUGUAUAAUUUCGGCGCCGUGGUUUCAAAAACAGAAAGUCACGUUGACGAAGAGGGCAUACAUAUUUAUCUGAGACAGCAGUGUUGGACAGUCAAUGUCACCCAUAAGCAGCUUUCCAGCGAACAUAACUCGAGCGACCAACCGUCUCACCUGGUUCGAUUCCCAGGAGACGGCAACGCUCCUUGUACGGUGGCAAGUUCGUUGGGUCACGCCAGUUGAGGAAACGAAGAGCAUAUCUCACAAACUUGCGUUGAACGGAUUCAAUUCUAGUGAUCCAGCUGGCAUGGAAAGGGCACCAAACAACUAAACUUGACUCCAAUAAAGAACGCACAAGCGAGCAGUAAAGUGACCUGAGGCAUAGCGGGUCACGGAACUCGUCGGCAAUUUUGAAAAUAAAGCCCAAUUAUCGAUUAGCUCUGGAGAUGAUGUCAUUGUAGUGGAUUCUGAAAGUGAGUCUGCAGUGAGCUCUACACAAACAAGACAGCGCUCGUAGAGAACAUAUUCGUUUGACUGAUUGGUUCGAUUUUUCGGUGAUAGGAAAUAAUGUUACAUUUUUCGAUGCUAAGACUCAUCAAAUUUCUUGAGCACCAGUCAGCAAAAAUACCAACAUAUUCUAGAGAUUUCAACAGUCCGAGAGACUUUUAAUAAUUUUCGUCUGCAUAGAAAACGCGGGAUCCUGAUGGUAUCAGAACGGCGACGUCGUUUAAAAAGAUCGAAAACAGUAGCGGUCCUAUUUAGGUUACUGAACUCCCGAGUUGUUUGAGAAAACAUCCGAUUCCGACGUGCCAAUCUUAAUCUGUACAUAGCGAUUCACCAAGUAAGUUCUGAACCAAUCCACAGUAGUUGACGAGACACCAAGUAUCUCCAGCUUGGCAAGCAAGAUAUUAUGGUCCACCGUGUCAAAUGCAGCUUUUAGAUCCAUAUACGCAGCAUCGAUUUGGAUCCUGAAUCCAUGCAUCGCAAACAGUUAAAAGUAAACUGCACCAGGUUCAUGGACACGGAGCGCUUCGGGUAAAAGCCGUGUUGUUCUGUAUCGAUAUAAUUUUUGCAGCACGCGAACAGAGCAUCAUUUAUAAUAGUCUAGAACAGUUUUGAGCAGGCACACAGGUAGGUGAUUCCACGAUAAUUUGCGACAUUCUUUUUAUCUCCUUUUUUGUAGACUGGGAACAGAUAAGAAAGUUUCCAGCGGCAGGGGAACUCACAUUGCUGUGCCGAGAGAUUGAAUAGCCUCGCAAGUGGAAGGCAGAGAUUGGCUACACAACGUUUUAGAACUGAUGACGGAAUGCCGUCAGAUCCGGCGGCGAACAAGAGCUUUAGUUUGCAUGUUGCGGCUAUCACCAUAUCUUCUGAAAUGCGCGAAAUAUCGAAACUAAACACAUCACGUGGCAUCUCAACAGUAGCGUCCAGCAUUUGUGUCGGCAAAGCAGAGAAAUCAUGGAACACUAGUUUGAAAUGACGAGCAAACAAGUCGCAUUUUCUUCUUUCGCUAUUAGCCGAGUCAUUCCCGAGAAACAUGGAACAAUGCAAACCCGGAUUCCUUCCGUUUGGAGUUGACAAACGACCAAAAUCUUUUCGGAUUUAUGCGAAGGGUUCCCUUCCGUGCGUCUCACGUGUCGAUUAUAGAGAAAACGAUUGUAAUUUCGAUAACUUCGACUCGCAAAAUUUAACAAUCGUUUGUAGUACGGCGAGCGAGAGUUACAAUACUUUCGGAGGGCGGCAGAGCGUUGACGUUUUAGCACGCGUAGGCGUGGGUUAGACCAUGAAGGCUUUUGUGGGGGUCAUCGUGAUGGGACAGUGCGGAAAAUAGCAUCUUCCAGUGCAGCACUGAAAAAAUCCACAGUAUCAUUCACGCUAGCGGCUUUUUCGAUAAAUUGCCCAUCAAUUCCGCAAGCGCAUUGUUCAAUGCAACAUAAUCAGCUCGGCGAAAGUCCAAAGAGUAGCACUCAGAUGAAGAGCGAGAUGAUCAGUGUCGCGACCGGCAAGGAAACAGAAGUGCCCGGUAAUGCGAAAUCAUUUGCCAGCAAACGUCUAUUUCGGUUCGGAAAAGUAUUAGCUUGUGUGAACCCGUAAAAGUUAAAACCGUCCAAAAGAGCACAUCAAGCAACCGGCAUAUGCGAACGCAGUGGAUCAGUUAAUGAUAUGCCACUGUCUGUAAAGCGCCACUGCAAACCAGCUUGAUUGUAGUCGUCAAAUACGAAAGCGGGAGAGCAAGGACUUAAUUGAGAAGAAAUCGAGCCUAAAGAUUCCACAUGCUCACGGAUGAUCGUGCAGUCGUUUUUGUGGUCGGGAGCAGUAGAUUGCGCUUACACGAAUCUUGAUUUGUGGAAGUUCUAUGACAAUCCACAGCUGUUCCACAGACUGGAAAUGGGUGACGUACUUACGUAGCUGGCUAGUCUCGUUGAUACUGCAAUCAGGACUCCACCACCGCGCGAUUUUAUAAUAUAACACUUUUUUGAUCAACUCUUAGCGAAUAAAAGCAACUGUGCAUGCUAAAAACCACGUGAAUUCUGGAAUCCACGUAAAAAACUAAAAAAAUAAAUCUAUGCAGCGAAUAAAGGCACCCGACCAGUUCCAGGUCAAAUAAGAUAAUAAAAAAGAAUAAACACUAAUAAUAAUAAUAAUAAUAAUAAUAAUAAUAAAGAUUCCGCCUUCUCGAUUUGCAUGAAACUUUGCAUAAUAUGUGUUAUGCCAUUUUGGAUCUUUUAAUUUGGCGUCAUUUACAUUUUUAGAGAAGUUCAGAAUUAUCUCACUACGCGGUUCUAGCACAAACGAAGUGACAGACGACUAACUGGCGAAGAAAUCCAUUAAAAUAAUGUGGUUCACUGUAAUAGAAUUUUCUUGGAAGC